AUGACACACAAUUCGGACAAAUUGGAGAAGAAGGGCCGCACGAUGAUUCCCUCUGCUAUCCAGGGCACCUUCAUUCCGGUAUCACCGAGGAAGCGUGGAUCUCCGUCGCCUAUGCGACAUAAACCAAACAAAUCUGUCCAGAUCAAUCUGAAUUUGACGGAGAACCAGGUCGAGAGAUUAACAGACGUAUUUGCGAGCAAGAGCGAGUCGCCCUCUCGUCGCGCCAGGGCUGGUAACACAGCCAGAACCGGGUCACCCGAACGUAACAACAACUUCGCCAGCACCCAUGCCACGUCUCGAGCACAUGCAGCACUCGACCAGGAGGAGCCACAUGCGUAUGCUAAGAGCGGCCAGGCGACUAAUCAAAUGGCACAGAAGGGUCAUGACAGUGAUUCCACGACUUUCUCGGAGCUGAUGCCCCGAUCACCUCACAAGACUCACAAGGCCAAGAGUUCUAUGUCGUCAAACAUUGCGGAGCGUCGUAGACAGAAUACACUUACUCCGAUCAACAUUGAGGAUCGCCGUCAGUACGCUACUCUUGUCGGCCAUGGUGACGACAUGGUUGCUGCAUCUUCCCCAACCUCAGACAACCCGUCUCCAGCAACUCCUGACGAGGAAGAAUCUUCAUCAAUCUACUCGAGGGACGCAGAACAACCUAGUCCUCUGCGGAUCCAUAAGAAUACCUCUCAACAAGUCGAUAGCGUCUUGCAGUCAUACAGCGGCUGGAAGAAUUCGAAACCGCACACCACCACCGUCCCUACUGGUGCGUCUGAUGUCGAUAGUCGUGGAGUAGCUUCUCAGAGACAGGCGCCCCCCAAGGGUAGACUUGAGGCCCUCAGACAGCCUGCAAUGGAUGCUGGCCAGCUAUAUUCUCCUCUGAGACCCUAUUUUGCUUACAAAGACCUGCCCGUGCAGAAGAUUGCCGGUAAGACCCUGAUUGGAGAGCAAGGAUGGCUCGAGAGACCGAACGAAUCUUCAGACCAAAAAUCUCCGGACCGCAAGAAGAAGGACACCUCUCCCAAGAAGCCGGGUCUGCUCGACAGCCUCAAGAAGAUUGCCAAAGAGAUGACUGAGAGCAAGCCCAGUCGCAAAGUCCGAGAUGUAGAGAGAGAGGGGAAGGUCAAGAGAAUCACAAUUUCAUUGGAUCCUCGCGAGCAGAGUCUUCUGUACUGCGAGCUCGAGUUUCACAUCAGCAAUGCCCUCCAUUCCUACAUCACGAACGAGCUCAACCACGGCCGCCUGAACCCGGACAAGCUGAAAAAGAUCGCAGAUGGGUGGAACCAGAAGGGCCGUCCCAGAGUCGUCGGCUUUCGCUACGACCUCGAGACACAGCUCGAUCUUGUUCAUCUGCAUAUUGAUGAGUUCCGCUUCUUUGGACGUCGCCAAGGCAAUCACUUGGAGAUCGCAGGCCUUCUUCAUGCGAUGAAGGUCAACGCCCGAGCCCUCCGUAUUCGCACUUUCUGCCAGCCAGAUUCCGUAAUCGCGAAGCAGUUGGUUGACUCGCAGUCUCUAUGCAAUACAAUCGGAUGCUCCGAAGCCCAGCAAAUUGCGAUUGCGGAGAUAGCCCAAUUCUUCAAAGUCAUCGUGGAGAGGGAGCAAGCUUAUCGAGAGAAGCUAGCCCGCGACAACACACCCAAGACAUUGCCCCACGGGCAGGGAGACAGACAGUGGGAGCCUUCGAAAGAUCUGGCCGAGGGGAUGGAUCCAUACGGUAGGCUUCAUUUGAUUCCUGAUGGCUACGAUGUCAACUCCGAGGCACUGCGGUUCGAUAACUAA